UUCAAAGUCGUCUCGGUAAGGUAGGGAGAGAGAGAGAGAGAGAGAGAGAGAGAGAGUGAGAGCUUCGAAUUCCCACUCGUUGAGGAUGACGUGACCGUCUUUCGGUGUCGUCCCGCUCUGGAGUUCUCUUUCUACACCUGGAAAAGGUGUCCGAAAAGUUAAAAAUACUCGCACCCUCCAUUUCUAUCCAUGUACCGACCGGCCAGUCCACGACCCAGGACCCGGCCACAGAAUCUAGGGUUUUUUCUUCUGCUCGGGUGCUUCGAUUGAGUUUGCGGCCAUGGAGGAGGGCGAAUCGGCAGUCGCUUUGGCUCCUUACAGGCCUUCUAUGGAGGUUCAGAACCCUAGCGUUGAGAAUUUCGAGCCGCGGGACCUCAGCCAAUGCGAUGCGAUUCGUGAUGUGGACGAUUCGAUGCUAGUCGGGGCUCCGGAGGCGGUCCCCGCGGUGGAUGAGGGAAACGAGGCUGCUCCGCUGGCGCCCGUGGCUGCGGUGCCGCUGGUGGCGGAGGUCAAAGUCGAGGAGAAGAGUGUGGGGAAGCGGAAGCGAGGGCGGCCGCCGAGCGGCCAGGCGAAAUCGAACCCGACGAAGAGGAAGAGGGACGAGGAGGACGUCUGCUUCAUCUGCUUCGAUGGUGGGACGCUCGUCAUGUGCGACCGCCGGGGCUGCCCUAAGGCAUACCAUCCAGCUUGCAUUAAGCGGGAUGAGGCAUUCUUCCGAUCGAAGGCUCGAUGGAAUUGUGGUUGGCACAUAUGUAGCAGUUGUGAGAAGGCAGCCCAUUAUAUGUGCUAUACUUGUACAUUUUCAUUGUGCAAAGUAUGCAUUAAAGAAGCUGAAAUUUUGUGCGUAAGGGGGAACAAAGGCUUUUGCACAACAUGCAUGAGAACUGUUAUGCUGAUUGAAAAUAAUGAGCAACAAGAUAAGGAAAUGGUUCAAGUAGAUUUUGAUGACAAAAGUAGCUGGGAGUAUCUCUUCAAGGUGUACUGGAUUUACUUGAAGGGGAAAUUAUCUUUAACUUUAGACGAACUCACUAAAGCUAAAAAUCCUUGGAAAGAAGCUAAUGUUAUUUCCUGCAAGAGGGAAUCUUUGGGUGAACCAUACCAUGCUAAUGAUGACAAGAGUUCUGCAUCAGAUGGUUCUUCUGGAAACCAGGUAGGAAACAGUUCUAAAAGAAAAAAGAUGCAGAAACAACUGAAGAUCAUUAAGGAGGAUGCUCAAGAUGGGUUAAAAUCAGGCGGUGACAAGGAGAUGUCAUUUCCUGAAGGCCCUGAAUGGGCAUCGAAAGAGCUCCUGGAGUUUGUUGCCCACAUGAAAAGUGGUGAUACGUCUAUUCUAUCCCAGUUUGAUGUCCAGGCCCUUUUGUUGGAGUAUAUAAAGAAAAACAAUCUUCGCGAUCCUUGUCGUAAAAGUCAAAUUAUUUGUGAUCUGAGGCUUGGUAAGCUGUUUGGAAAAGCAAGGGUGGGUCACUUUGAAAUGUUGAAACUUUUAGAAUUUCAUUUUCAGAUAAGGGAUGAUCCUCUUUUAGAUGGUAGGAAGGGGGGAGUUGUUGAUGCUAUUGCUAGCCCAAUGGAGGCUGACGGGAACAAGGAUAACCAACUUAUAACAGGUGAAGAUAAGAGACACAGAACGCGUAAAAAAGGCAAUAACAGAGGACUGCAAACUAAUUUAGAUGAGUAUGCAGCAAUUGAUGUUCACAAUAUUAACUUGAUUUACUUAAGACGUAAUUUGAUGGAGAAUCUCCUUGAAGAUGCUGAGAAGUUUGGUGAGAAGGUUGUUGGUGCAGUUGUGCGAAUAAGAAUUUCCUGUGGCGACCAAAAGCAAGAUAUGUAUAGGCUUGUCCAAGUUGUAGGUACAAGUAAGGUGGCAGUUCCAUAUAAAGUUGGCCAGAGGACAGUGGAUGUCAUGCUUGAAAUUUUAAAUUUAGACAAGAAAGAGGCUAUAUCAAUUGAUGCGAUCUCAAAUCAGGAGUUCUCUGAGGAUGAAUGCAAACGUUUACAUCAGAGUAUUAAAUGUGGGCGAGUUAAGCGGUUGACCGUGGGAGAGAUUCAGGAUAAAGCAAUGGCACUCCGGGCAGUGAAAUUGAAUGAUUGGCUUGAAUCUGAAGUAUUGAGGCUUAGUCAUCUUCGUGACCGAGCAAGUGAAAAGGGGCAUAGAAAGGAAUAUCCUUUGCUAGGGUGCAUAGAGAAACUACAGCUCUUGAACACUCCUGAUGAACGUCACCGCAGGCUGCAUGAAAUUCCAGUGGUGCAUGCUGAUCCAAAAAUGAAUCCUAGUUAUGAUUCUGAAGAAGAUGCUAGAGAAUCAGACAAAAAGAAACAGGAUGACUUCACAAGGCCAAUAUAUUCUGGCAUCAUCAGCAAUGGAAGGGAGCUCUCUCUAUUGGGAGGCAAUGAUAUAUCAAAUGAUACUGGGAGUGGGAUGCAUAAAAAUUUAGACAUUACUGAGCCAAGUGAAAACAUGCGUACACCUUUUAACCUGCAUAAAGAAGUUGCUUCUGGAGCUGAUGGGAGAUUGAAUGAAUCCUCACUGAAUCAAAAUAGAGAUGCAUAUAAAUCAAAUAACUGGGAGAAACUAAAUAACCAGGUUGAUAUUUCUGUGCUCUCUUUGGCAGCAUUAGCAUCAUCUCUCUCUACAGGAACAGAGUCAUCAGCAUACAAUAUUGAGAUUGACAAAAUAUGGCACUAUGAAGAUCCAAAUGGAAAUAUACAAGGACCAUUUUCGAUGGUGCAGUUGCGUAAGUGGAGUACAACUGGAUAUUUCCCACCUGAUCUGAAAAUAUGGAGGAUUACGGAAACACAAGAUGACUCUGUACUCUUGACUGAUGUAUUGGUUCUAUUGGAUGGGCAGUACAAUAGAGGACAGCCUUUUCUAUACAACAGCUAUUUACAAUCACAGCAACUUAGGGCUCGCUCUGAUGAUCGAGAAAAUAAUUGGGAGGGGAAUCGGGGGAUGAAUGCGACUUCGAUAGAUGGUAAACAAGAUGAUGUAGCAAACUUUAAUACUGGUAGUGCCCCUUCUAAUGAUAACAGUGAGCUUGUGAGGUGUGAUGAGCAUCGCUCCUGUUCUUCUAGUUGGAGUACGCAUGCCGAUGUCAAUUCCAAGGAGGAACAGGCAGGAAGUUUAUCUCAUGUCUGGGAUUCAUCGGAUGGUAACAACUCUUGGUCUGACCAGGCCCAGGCCCAGGCCCAGGCACAGGCACAGGCCCAGGUAGGUUCACUUCCUUCACUGACAUUGGCAGGGAAGGCAUCUGAAACUCUGUUAGAGCAGGAGAGGGAAGGUCAUGAGGCCAAAGGGCAGAGCUCUGAUCACUACCAUGGAAAUCAAAAUUCACACAGCAGUACGGUGAUUCAAACUAGUAAUGGACAUGAUAAUGAAAAACAAUCUAGCAGUGGUGGUUAUUCUGGUCAGUCUUCUGGACAGAAUUGGAAACCUCCACUAGUAAGUGAUUCUUCAAAUGGCUGGGACUCAAAAUCCACUGUGGCCAAAUCAUCUGAUAAAUCAGAGCAGAAUCAUGACACUGAUUUUCCAAAUUUUCCUAGUCCCACACCAAAGCCAAGCAAUGUGGAUUCAAAUGGUCAGGUUACAGAAAACAAGCUCUCUGUGGCUUCAAAUGUAUUUGUUCAAGAUUCGGGCCCCAGCUGGAGUAGUGCUUCUAGCUUAGUGGGUGGUGGGGUGCAACUACCUGAAGUAGCUGGCGAAUGGAGUGGAUAUUCCCCUACUCCGGCAAAACCUUCGGUCGAGGAAUGGGACUCCAGUCUUGUGUCAGUAUCUUUGCUUAAACCAUCUGAGGCAGCUGGUGAUCAUGCUGCUACUCCGACUUCAAAUACUGGCAUACUGACUCAUUCUUCCACGACCAAUCCUCCACCGAACACAUCGAGCUGGCAGGCAAUUGUUACUGGACCUGAAGAAUUCAGCUCUUUAGCCGAAGAAUCAGUUUCAGAUCUCUUAGCUGAAGUCGAUGCAAUGGAGUCUCUAAAUGGUUUAUCUUCUCCUACUUCAAUAAUGAACUGUGGUGGAGAAUUUGCACAGGGUUCUAAAAAUGAUUGUUUUAGUUCCAUCGAGGAGUUGAGCCCACUCGAUCCAGGAAAAAGUGAUGCCUUGAGCUCCACUGGAGAUUUACAAAUACCUUUUCAAUCUACUAUUAGGGAUGAACCCCGGGGGGUAUCUCAUGAUGUUCUUGAUUCCCAAAAGAGGUCAGGUGGGCAGUCCUCUACAAGUGCCGAAGUGGAAGGAGAAACAAAGCCUAGUGAUGUUUCAGUAAAUCAAUGGGAAACACAUCCAGUUGUUGAGCCUCCCGUGUCGUCCACCACUAGUUGGGACAUAUCUGCUCCAGGUGCUGCCUGGAGAGCAGGUCCUGAAACUACAGACACUGGCCGGGGACCAGUAAAUGGAAAUGCAAACUUGGUUUGUGGUGGAUCAACUCAAGGAAAUAGCAACAUGGGUUGGGGAGCUGUUGCGGAGGCAGCACGGGAAAAUGAAAACAUGAAUUGGAGCAUAUCUGCUGGAAAUAUAGGCAUAUGGCCAAGCGAACCAAAAUAUGGCGAGGAGAGAUUUUCUGUUACUAGGGACAGGGGUUUUCAUGGUGGGGAUUCGAGUUUUGAUAAGGGUAGGCCAUCAUGGAACAGGCAAUCCUCAUUUGGUGGAGGCGGAGGUUCAUCCAGACCUCUUCCCAAAGGGCAGCGAGUCUGUAAAUUUAAUGAGAGCGGGCGAUGCAAGAAAGGUGCACGUUGUGACUAUCUGCACCCAUGAUCACAUAGGUUUACUCUGCAACUGAGUGAAAUUAGUUUUCCAUAGAAUUUCACGUUAGGAAGAUUUUAAGUUGCUAGGCCCAAAAUCUAUCAGUUUAGCAACAUAAUACAAAUUCUUCUUGGAUAGCCUGGCAGUUACCAUAAUUGUAUUAUUGUAAGCUUCUGUAUUUAAUCUUGUCCAUUCCUUAUUAUGACUGUCACAUGAAGGAUAAUUUCUUAUUCUUAUGUCGAGAACCAUGUGCUUUCUCCGAUAUCCUGUGAAAAGCAAUGGAGUAAUCCUAAUAAAAUUUUUAUUUUUGAGAUUUCAUAAAUUCCUGCCAAA